AUGCAUUCCUCAAGUCUAUUUUCGGUGGCUGCACUGGCGGCUACGGUGUUGGCUGCUCCAAGCGGUCAUGUCGAGAAGCGCGCGCAGACUGUAUAUCUAGCCGGAGAUUCGACAAUGGCGAGAGCAAGUGGUGCAACUACGGGCUGGGGCGUCUUCCUCCCCAACUCGCUCACCCUCCCCGUCGUCAACAAAGCCAUCGGCGGCCGCAGCUCCCGGUCCUACACCGUCGAAGGCCGCUUCGACGAGAUCGCCAACCUCGUAAAACCCAACGACAUCGUGAUCAUGGAAUUCGGUCACAACGAUGGCGGCGGUCUCGGCAGCGGCGACAACGGACGUUCAGUCUGCCCCGGUACCGGAUCUGAGACGUGCCAGUCUACGUAUAACGGGCAGGCAGUUACCGUUCACACAUUCCCUUACUACCUCACCGAGGCGGGCAAGAAGCUUAUUGCCAAGGGCGCUAAGGUUAUUGUGAGCAGUCAGACGCCUAAUAAUCCGUGGGAGGGCGGCAGUUUCUCGUAUACGGACGGUGGGAGGUUUGUUGGGUAUGCGAGGGACGUGGCGAAGGCGCUGGGGAGCAAUGCUAUGUAUGUGGACCAUGGAGCGUACACGGCGGAUAUCUUCAAGACGCUCGGUAAGGCGAAGGUGGAUGCUUUCUUCCCGGUGGAUCACACGCAUCCCAGUCCGGCUGGCUCGGACGCUGUUGCGAAGGCUUUUGUUAAGGGCAUUCAGUGUGGUGGUGGGGGUUUCUUGAAUGGGUUUGUUAAGAAUGCUACUGCGAGCAUUCCGGGGAAGUGCUUGUAG